AUGUUAGCGCAAUACACACGACGUCAGCAACAAUCAAUACCGUCACCACCGUCCUCGACCACCUUCGCCUACCAGCAGCUACCACAGCAGUUCACCUCCCAACAGCAGUUCUUCGACCAAAAGCUGCUUCACGACUAUCUCGAGUCUCAGCAACAGUCUUUCGGCAACCAGGCCACCAACAACGUGCCCAACUCGUUCAUGACGACUGCCUACAACGACUUCGCGAACCCGGCCAUCCGAAUCCAGCAGUCGACACCGACACCACAGCUGCCUCAGAACAGCUUCUCACAGUCCCCCAUGCUAUCGACCAACAGCAACGGUGCCGGUCUUGAAUCGUGGAACUACAGCAACGCGCAGAGCCAGUCACUACAGACACCCGUAAGAGGACACCAGCGAGCGUCUUCUUCAUCGUCCGUGGGCUCGAGUGCCUCACAGUUUCAGGCAGCAGGACCUUCAAAUAGCUACCAGUAUGUCGCCGACUCCAAUAUCAUGCCGUCGUGUGCGAUUACGCGAGGUGACUCCAUGAUCAUGGCUGACAAACUACACAGGUCUUUCUCCAACCAUCUUCCUACUCCGACACACACACCUACACAAGAGUCGUUUAUGAACUCGAACAACUUCAACAACUACAACACAAACUCUGCCAACAUGGACCAGACAAUGGGCGCACACAUGUCGCUGAAACAAGCGCUCAUGGACCAGGGCGAUGAAGUGCCUGACUUUGCACACUCUGCCAGACAGUCCGUGUCAAGCUACGGUCACGAUUCGCCGGCCACACCGCACACUGCGCAGGACGAGAUGGACUUCAAGGUCCCUGCCAAUGGUGAGACCCACUGCAUGGUCGACUCAUGGCUCUUCAACCAGUUCUGUACUUACGAUGAUCCAGACACACGCCAGCACACUGUCCCCAAGUUCGAGAGGACUUACACAGACAUUGCUGCCGACAACUUCUACGACCCCAGCGCUGUAGCGCAGUCAUUACCACAGACCAAGCCAGCUCAGUCAUCAUUGCUGUCGCCAUAUCGCAGUAACACCAACGAGAAUGUCCAGCGAGCAUUGCAGGCAGCGCAGUACGCGCGGUCACAGUCGCCAACAAGCACUGCCUCAAGAGGUGACUCACCGUUUCGACGCGGCUCGCCAUACCGCCAGCCUAGCAACAACUUCAACUCGUCAAUGCAUACUGCUGCUGCAGCACGUGAGCAGAGUCGUAAGUCCGAUGCUGCUUACGCAAUGAAGUCGCAGAUGCAGUCUAGCCAGGAUCCAGAGCCCAAGACCAUCUCGCCCAAGGACGCGCUAUUGGAUUACCGCGAAGCUGACGAGGACUCGAAGGUGUCAUUGUUCCCGGACAGUGGCGCUAACGACUACGAUGCUCAGUAUCAGGGUGGCGAACAAUAUCAGUCCGCCACCCAGUCAGCCUUCGAGACACCAUCGUCUCAGUCAUAUCGUCGCGACAGCUGGGCGACUCCACAAUUCUCAUCCAACUACCCUGUCUCGGCUGCUCCAUCACUCCAGUCAUCCUCGAGCUUCAACUUCGUCACGCCAUCAGUACAGGGUAACAUGACCAACAUGCCAUUAUCAUCGACGUCUCAGUAUCGCUCUGUACCAAACAUGUCCUCAACAGUGGAUCAGACCCCAGAGUUCCCGGCCCACUUGACGUCCAUGGAGUCGAGUGCGAGCGAGGCCGAACCGUCGAAUAGCCAAGGAAGCGAGCAGUUCCUACACAAGCCAACUUCUUCCGCCGCGGAGUCUGGCACAUACUCGUGUACCUACCAUGGCUGCUCCCAGCGUUUCGAGACUCCACAAAAGCUCCAAAAGCAUAAGCGUGAGGGUCAUCGAAACGCCAACCUCGGCACUACUAUGACGUCUGCGGCUAUCCUGGAGCGCAACUCACAGGCCGGCCCCCACAAGUGUGAGCGCAUCAACCCCACCACCGGCAAGCCGUGCAACACCGUGUUCUCACGUCCGUACGACCUCACCCGACACGAAGACACAAUCCACAAUGGACGUAAGCAAAAGGUCCGCUGUGCUUUGUGCGUCGAGGAGAAGACCUUUUCUCGCAACGACGCAUUAACACGCCACAUGCGCGUUGUGCAUCCUGAGGUCGACUUCCCCGGAAAACAUCGCCGGCGCGGUGGGAACCAUGACUGAGCCAAGUCCGCUUCCGACAUUAUGACGGAGUUGGCCGUGGCCCGCGGAGAACACAGCCUGCGCAUGACCGCCCGUACAUGACACGUACAUUCCAGAACGGCCGCGAACAUUCGAUGACAUGCAUCUCCGGCUUCACGCAGCGCACGCAAUGCACGAAAUUUCUGCAAAGUGAUCGAGAACGGCCGCAAUGAUUUAUUUUCAGUUUUUCUUCUUCAAAGUAUGCACUAUGCAUGGCGUUUGGGUUGUUGCAGCGAUCUCGUUGAUUCCAUUGCUUAUUUCCGCAUUUGCGUCCGGAGUGCGACAUUUCUUAUUUCCCGCCAUGUUCGGUCUACUCUCUUCAUCGCAUCCGCUGGUCGGCACAAGGAUUACUUGGUCUAGCGUUUGAUUAUAUCGUUCUUCUUGUACAAC